AUGAAGGACAAAUUACGUCGUUUCAACACUGCUGAUUCUCCUUCAUAUGUGCUAGCCCCGAAUUUCUCUCAUGAACAAGCAAACGUUGGGACUUUCAAUGCACCAAGACAGGCAGCAAGUAGUAGUAGCUAUCAAGAGACUCAAAUCUAUUCUCAUACCCCUCCUCAACAAGGUGUAUUAACCAUCGCUGCUUGUGAGAAUUGUUCUUCACAACCAUCUGUUCUACAACAGCAGAACAAUUUGGUUGCAUCUACGGGAGCCUCUCUUGAGAAUGAUGUUCGUCAUGAUCAACUGGCUCAAACAGAGACACCACGAGUAGGGGGCUCUUCUCCAGUACUAAUUGCAAGUGCUCGUUCUUUCAAAGACAUGGAAACGUAUAUCCACGCAAAAGCUGCUAAACCAUCAUUGUUAGAUUGGAAUGACCUUCAUAACUUUGAUAAGGAUGGAUUUCAGAUUCACAACCCCUCAGGUAACCCUUAUCUUAUGCUCACACUUGUGGAAAUCACACAGAACGGUGGUUUUCAAACCGUUGGAGCUUUAAAACUUCCAUUGUCUAAAACAUGUGAAAGAACAAGUUUUUCCAAUAUAUUCAGCAACAUUCCAGACCUAUCAUUCCAUAACAAAAACAACAUCAAGAUUAUUGCCUAUUUCAAUGGUUGUGACACUCCGUUCCUUUUAAGGAGCCAAAAACAUAAGGAUGCCGAUAAUUUUAUUGAAUUGAAAGGAUCAACAACGGAUGUGUCCAAACAAAAUCUUAACCGUCUGAAGACCACUGCGUUCGGAGAUGUGGAAGAUUUUAGAAACUUACCUUCAAAACCAGUGUUUAUUCCUGUUUUACGUUUAAACGUGGUUCAGAAGAAACGUUAG